UUUAAAUUUCGCGGGACGGGACGCCUGUUUCCCCCAAAACCCCCACAUGUCUUAUUUCCAUCCCCAAUACUUCCCCAGACGCCCUCCCCUGCUGAUAUAACCCAGUCAUAAACCCUCAAAAAGCCUCUGGCACCUUCAAAAAGACCCAAGACUCGGUAGAUGUCACGAAAAAAAAUCGACCGUGUGUUAGUGCAAAGUUAGAGCGCCAUUUUGCUGAACCGUUGUUCCAGUAAUACAGUGGCUUCACAAAACACGCCUGCCAUCCACCACCGGAGCGAUAACCCAGCGUGCCCCUUGUGGGAGAAUAAAGACCAAUAUUAACUCCGUGGUUCUGAAGGGUCAAGAAGACUGUAAAAACCCGGAAAGUCCACAAAAUCGGCAAAGUUUGGGGUGUUUCUGAAGAAGUCGAGCGGGAGUGGGUGAUGGCUUAGUGGUGGGUUACCUGAGUCACUGGCUUGUUUACACCUGGCCUGAGCUGACCCGCGGCUUACCUAUGCCUCCCCUGUACGGCACGUGACUCCCCCAGGGUGCUGCCAGGCCCGGUGGUUGUUCAUUAAGGUGGAAAGUCUUUUGUUCAGCGUCUGUAUGGUGGUCUUGUUGCCCCUGGUGACGGGGGUGGAGGUAACCAGCAGAGAUUGGGCGGAUAGCAAGCAAACACGCACUCAAGAUCCCCGUGUCUGGUAAGAACGGCUGCCCCGGGAGUCGUGACCGCAGCGGCAAACGGUCCAAUAAGACUACUGGAGGAGGGGCAGGAGGAGGAGCCCUCCCCCCGGCCCCCCCACACAGCCCCCCUCAGCCACAGCCUCGUCCCCCCCCCGCCCUCACCACCGCCAUGAACCACAUCACACAGGAGGAGCCCCCCCCACCCACCUCCGACAAGGACCUCCUCGAAUUGAUGGACACGCAGGAGGAGGAAGUGUGUGAGGAGGGAGGUGGGGAUGGAGGUGGUGGGGAGGAUGGAGGUGGAGGUGGAGGUGGAGGUGGAGGUGAUGGAAGAGGAGGAGGAGGAGGAGGAGGAGGAGGUGGAGGUGGAGGAGGAGUGCCGCUAGCAGAGGGAGGCGAGGAGGAGCAGAUGAAUGGAGACACACAAGAGGUUUCAUCCACCACGGCUAUCGACAGUGAUGUGGAAGAAGAUGAUGCGCGCUCCGAGGCAACUUUCCAAUUCCACGUGAAGGACUUCAGCAAACUCAAGGACACUCUCCUCUCGCCACCCUGCUCAGUCCGCAGUCUGCCCUGGAAGAUCAUGGUGAUGCCACGAACUAGCUCCGCACAGGACCGCUCCCAGAGGUGCCUUGGCUUCUUCUUGCAGUGCAAUGGCCAGUCACAGUCCACCUCCUGGUCCUGCAAUGCUGUGGCUGACCUCAGGCUUCUGUCAGUGAAGGAGGGACAGGAGCCCUUCACCAGAAAAAUCCAGCACUUGUUCUUCAGCAAAGAGAACGACUGGGGAUUUUCCAACUUCAUGGCAUGGAAUGACGUCCUGGACCCAGAGAAAGGCUACAUCAAGGACGACAGCAUCACUUUGGAGGUGUGGGUGGCAGCUGACGCUCCCCAUGGUGUCUCUUGGGACAGCAAGCGUCACACAGGGUAUGUGGGACUCAAAAACCAGGGUGCCACUUGCUACAUGAACUCCCUCCUCCAAGUGCUGUACUUCACCAAUCAGCUCAGAAUGGCUGUGUACAAGAUGCCCACAGAGAGCGAUGACACAACCAAGAGUGUGGCGUUGGCCCUGCAGCGAGUGUUUCAUGAGCUGCAGACGAGUGACCGGCCUGUUGGCACCAAGAAGCUCACCAAGUCCUUUGGGUGGGAGACGCUGGACUCCUUCAUGCAGCAUGAUGCCCAGGAGUUCCUGAGAGUGCUCCUGGACAAACUAGAAACCAAGAUGAAGGGGACGUGUGUGGAGGGGGUCAUUCCUAGGCUGUUUGAGGGCAAGACAGUGUCUUACUUCAAGUGCAAACAUGUAGAUUACACUUCGUCGAGGACUGAAACUUUCUAUGACAUUCAACUGAACAUCAAGGGCAAGAAAGACAUCUACGAGUCUUUCAAGGACUACAUCAGUGUGGAGACCCUGGAAGGGGACAACAAGUAUGAUGCAGGAGAGCACGGGCUGCAGGAGGCUGAGAAGGGGGUCAUCUUCCAGAGCUUUCCCCCCGUGCUACACCUCCACCUGAUGCGCUUUCAGUACGAUCCCAUCACGGACUCCAACGUCAAGAUUAAUGACAGAUAUGAAUUUCCUGAGAAGCUCAACAUGGACCAGUUCCUACAGAAGCCGGAUACCACCCCAGCCACCUACAUCCUUCACGCUGUACUGGUGCACUCCGGCGACAACCACGGUGGCCACUAUGUUGUCUUCAUCAAUCCCAAGGGUGACGGACGGUGGUGCAAAUUUGAUGAUGAUGUGGUGUCUCGGUGCUCGAAAAUGGAAGCAAUUCACUACAACUUUGGUGGGCAUGAGGACGACCUUAGCCUGACUGUGAAGCACUGCACCAAUGCCUACAUGCUGGUGUACAUUCGGGAGUCCUGCCUGCGCACCAUCCUACAGCCGGUGACAGAGAAGGACAUCCCACAGGAGCUGAUCGACCGGUUGUAUGAAGAAAAGAGAGUCGAAUUGAUUAGAAGGAAGGAGAGAACUGAGGCACAUCUUUACAUGAGUGUCCAGGUAAUUCUGGAGGAUGCCUUCUUGGGUCAUCAAGGGAAUGACCUCUAUGAUCCAGACAAGGCCAGGUAUCACAUGUUCCGUGUCAAGAAGAAUGCGACACUGCAGGACUUCAUGGAGCAGGUCGCCGAGAGCCUUAAAUACCCCAUUGAGCAGAUCAGACCGUGGCCAUUCAACCUGCGCACCAACAAGACCAACAGACCCACACUGCUGGAUCUCAACACUGACAUACACAAGCCCAUUGUUGAUAUCAGUGAAAACAUCAACCCCUGGACAGUGUUCUUUGAGACAGUGCCUCCUGAUUCUGGCCUCAAGAUGCUCACCUCAUUCGACAAGGACUCGGAUGUGCUGCUCUUCUUCAAGUACUACGACCCCAGACACAAGCGCCUCCACUACUGCGGCCAUCACUACAUGAACAUCUGCUUCAAUGUCCAGGAGGAGCUGGUGCCUCUCUUAAACGAGCGGGCAGGACUCCCCCAAGGCACCGAGCUUGUGCUGUACGAGGAAAUAAUGCCCAACCAAGCAGAGCGUCUGGCUGACCUUGACAGGCCUCUUGAAAAGGUGCUAGACGAGCUGAUGGAUGGCGACAUCAUAGUGUUCCAGAGGGAGGACCUCCAUGACGACCCCAGCCUUGAACUUCCGUCCUGUCGCGAUUACUUUAGGGAUCUCUUCUACAGGGUGGAGGUGACGUUCUGUGAUAAGAUGGUCCCCAAUGACCCAGGGUUCACCAUGGAACUGUCCCAGCAAAUGAACUACGACCAGGUGUCUCGUGCCGUGGCCCACCACCUGGACACCGACCCUUACCUCCUCCAGUUUUUUAAGGCGCUCUGUCACCGUGAUGGAGUGGGCAAUGCUGUGAGGUGCACAUUUGAUGGCAGUCUCAAGGACAUGCUAGUGGUCACCAAGCCACGCCACCCAAAGAAAAUCUACUACCAACAGCUCAGCAUCAGAAUCAAUGAGCUGGAGAACAAGAGGCAGUUUAAAUGCAUGUGGCUGGGUGAGCGGAUGAAAGAGGAGGUGGAGCUGGUGCUGUAUCCCAACAAGAAUGGCACAGUGGCUGACCUGCUGCAGGAGGUACAGAAGCAAGUCACCCUCUCUGAGAACGGCGCCAGCAAGCUCAAGUUAGAGGAGAUCUCAUCAUACAGAAUACUGGGGACACUACCAGAGUCGACCAGCUUGGAGAGGAUCACCAUGGGCGCCACCAAGACCUUCAGAGUGGAGGAGAUUCCAAGCGAUGAGAUUCCUGAAGGGGACGAUGAGAUGCAGAUCCCGGUGGCGCAUUUCUACAAGGAGACAUACUCGACCUUUGGCAUGCCAUUCCUGUUCAAGGUGAAGCAAGGCGAGCCAUUCUCCCACGUCAAGGAGAGGCUGCAGAAGAGACUGGAGGUGCCUGAUAAGGAGUUUGAAAAGUACCGGUUUGCCAUUGUCUCUAUGUCCCGGCAAACCUUCCUCACCGACAGUGAUGUCAUUAAUCUGCAAGACUUCAAGCCUCACUCCAACCAAGUGGCAUCCCUGGUCAAGCCCUGGCUGGGUCUGGAGCACCUCAACAAGGGUCCAAAACGUUCCCGGUACACUUACCUAGAGAAAGCCAUUAAGAUAUACAACUAGAAGACCACCACCACCACCACCACCACCACUACUACUACUACUACUACUACCACCACCGCCGCUGCCGCCACCACCACCACCACCACCUACUACUACUACUACUACUACUACUACUACUACUACUACUACUACUACUACUAUACUACUACUACUACUACUGCAGCUAUUACCACCAUGCCACCACUGCUGAGAGGCUAAGUGUGGGUGGUGAUUCCUGCCCCUCCCCCCCUUCCCUGUGCCACGCCCACCCCUGUUCAUCGCACCAGAUGCCCUCCCUGCCCUUCCCCCGUCACUGGUCACCACGGUUAUUGUCGGAGAGUGUGUGUCAUUUAAUUAUUUAUUUUAUAGAGGAAACACUUUGUAGAUAUUUGUAACCUCUCUGUGCUCUCGUUCUCUCUUCUAUGCCUCUUUCAUCCCUCCCCCUCUCCCUCUCCCUCCCGAAAAGAACUGUUGACAUUUGAUGCUAAUAAUGGGAUAUAUAUAUAUAUAUAUAUAUAUAUAUAUAUAUAUAUAUAUAUAUAUAUAUAUAUAUAUAUAUAUAUAUAUAUAUAUAUAUAUAUAUAUAUAUAUAUAUAUAUUCUGGUAUUUAUCACUUUUUUCCAUGAGGAGUAGAAAGAAUGAGGAAGAACACCAAUAGCAUAAACUUAUAGUGUAAUGUGAUGUUUAGUAAUGUUAAUGAUAAUAUUAAUGAUAAUAAUAAUGAGGAAUGACAUUAAUAAUGAUAAUAAUGAUGAUGAUAUCAAUAACUUAACUUUUUUAUUUAUUCUGGGAUAGUUUUGCUUUUUAAUUAAUGUGUGUGUGUGUGUGUGUGUGUAUGUGUGUGUGUGUGUGUGUGUGUGUGUGUGUGUGUGUGUGUGUGUGUGUGUGUGUGUGUGUGUGUGUGUAAACAAACUUUAUGGCAUUCACUGGGCAAUUUUUAUAAGUCUGUGAUAAUUUUUUUUUUUCUUUUUGUAAGAAUGAAGCUUGUAUGUAUGACUCCCUUCCCUUCCCUUCCCUUCCCUUCCCUUCCCUUCCCUUCCCUUCCCUUUCCCUUUCCCUUUCUUUUCCUUGCCUUUUCUUUCCCUCCCUCCCUCCAUUUUAAAUCCUCUUUUUUACACACACACACACACACACACACACACACAAACACACACACACACACACACACCAGAGGAAGAAGUGUGUGUGUGUAUAUACAUAGCGUAAAGAAUAAUAUAAUCUAUGACAUGACAAGCUUGACUCAAUCCUGUAAAAAUGCUGAUAGGAUAAACAGACACAGACACAGACAAAGAGAGAGAGAGAGAGAGAGAGAGUACCUGUUGUUGCUGGGGGAAGAAAAAAGUUGGAUAUUUGAGAGGAUACAAUAAAUAAAUGAGAAGAACGAUGACUUAACACAAAUAAGAAGUACUGACAUCUGAAAUAAACUAAAGGAAGAAUUGAUGGAAACAAAAUGCAUGUUAGUUAAAGGAUUGUCAAUACACCAAACUCAGACAAGGCAACACACACACACACACACACACACACACACACACACACACACACACACACACACACACACACACACACACACACACACUCAGCCCUGGUGGAAAGAGGCAGUCUCAUGGACCACCCUGCUACAUCCCAGGAGCUUAGGCACACCACAGCUAGCCACACACACACACACACACACACACACACACACACACUAUAAAACCAAACACACACACACACAAUAUAAAACCAAACACAAUUUAUUGAUUUUUUUUUAAACACUGUCUGAAGUUAAUGUUGACUCGUCUCCCAAGGCUGCCGUUAGCUCCUCUCAUUACAUCUUGCGUAGCAUUCAAUAGGCUCGUUAAAUUGCUAAGUUAAAAUAUUGCCCUAUACUCUCGUAUGUUUUGCCAUGUUUUCAUUGUCUUCUAACAGGCUGUGGUGGAAGUUACCAUGGUUUUCAAAGGUGGUAGUGAUAGUUUAACAGUGUAGUGAAAGGUAAUUCUCUCUCUCUCUCUCUCUCUCUCUCUCCUUUUUAAAGGGUGUUUUCAUUAUUCUCAUGACAGUUUAACAAGCUGUAAUGGAAGUUAUUGGGGGUUUUCAAGGAUGUUUUCAUGAUUCUAGUGACAGUUUAACAGGCUCUAAUGCAGUGGUUCUUUAUCUUUUUUUGGCUGUGACCCAAAAUCCUAUCUAGGUUGACCAUGGUGUCCCAUAUAUACCUUCAUAAAUACUCUUUUAUUUAAAAUUAAAAUUAUAUUCAAAAGGCAAGAGUAGAUAUAGACUGCUUCCUUCACCUCAAUGAAGUUGUCUGUCUCUAUGAUUUGUUUUUAGCUUUGGACGUUAAUGACUUGUGUAUUCUACACACAGGAUUAAUACUUUGAUAACAUUGUGAAUUACUGAGAAAUAUUGGGGACAUAAUUGUGCACAUGUUCUUGGUGACCCAAUGAAAUGGUUUGGCAACUCAACUUUGGGUUGUGACCUGGGGGUUGAGAACCAUCACUCUAAUAGAAGUUAUUGGGGUUUUCAAGGGUAUUUUCAUAAUUGUAGUGACAGUUUAGCAGGCUCUGGGAAAAUGAAUUGGGUUUUCAAGGAUUUGGUAAUUAAUCCAGUGACAGGUAAGGAAUCAUUACCAUCCUUAGGAAAAACUCACAAGAAGACCUGGCUCACCUUCCCUGUAUCUGCCUAGUUGUAUUUUACCUGCCUGUGGCCUCUGAACAGUGCUGCUUCCCCCCUCACUGCUCUAUGGCACAUCUUUCCCUAACCACAAAUCACUCUUAGGCAUAUCAUUUAUUCCAGUCUCCCCUAAACAUUUUGCUGGCCUGAUAAUUGAAAAUGUAUUCUCUUUACCUUCCCCUCCUUCCUGUCCCCCUUCAUUUUUCAUCACUUCCUUCCCUUCCCCUUCAUUUCUUAUCACUUCCUUUCCUUUCAAUUUUUAAUUCCUGUAGGUCCCUGUAGAGAGUUUGUUCAGUGCUGUAGUUGUAAAAUGGUGCAUAUCACAGUGGAAGAGUCAGAGAACAAAGUAUCUAGGUUGCAUUUACAUGAAGUGAAUUGAAUCUGUUCAAUUCAUGAAGAAUCAACACAAUUCAUGAUUGGUCCUGAUUUGCCACACAAAUUUCAACAUAACCGUUAACACCGAGUGAAUGGAAUCGAUUAGAAUCGUGGUGAUUCAGUCAAUGGUUCUCUUGGGCAGAUUUUAUCAUGAGUCACUGCAGUUCUGCCACAGAGUGAGCGUCAUGUUUCGAGACGACCUGAUCAUUUUAGUGCCAGAGAGACAUCCUACACAUGACCCUUGUGAUCCUGUGCACCAAGAGCAGGAUGCACUCAACUCCACAAACAUUUUAAAUUGUUUUGUGUUCAUUUCAAAGAAAUAAAAAAAUUCUCUGGAUUGUUUACCAGAUAAAUGUCCAAAGCUCCCAAAUUCAUGUCUCUGCUAUUAAAUUCCUGCAUCCACUUUUGUUUGGCACAUACAGCUACACUGCCUCAGCCACAGCAACACUGCUGCUAUUUUAUCAGAGCAUCUGCAUCCACACUCAUCAAAGGCAGCUUGCACACUACUGCCUGUUGAUUCUAACAAUUUGACUCGGUGGGAACGGUGCUGACUCAAAAUGACAAAGUCAAAUGAUUCUCUGUGAAUUGAAUCAAUUCGCUUGGUGUAAACAUGGUCUUAAAAAUACAACCCCAAGACUUGAGAAUCUUCCUGUCCUUGUGUCCACCUGUAUUUUCUCUUAUUUGUCUUCAUCUUAACAUUACUACCUAGGCUACUGAUUUGAGGGUUACUGAUCUAGUGAUUCCACAAGAUGGCAGCUUCUUGGCCUCCAUGGGAAAGCGCCAAACAAAACCACAGUGGCAGACAAGGAUAAUUUGGUGUAUUUACCUAGAUGUGGUCAGUGUGUCAUCAUAACUGAGCCUGAAUAGGAAACAUCAAGCAGAGCCAUUAGAGAGAGACAAGGAUGAGCUUGAAAAGAAAAACAUCACAUGAACCACAAGGGGAGAGAAACAAGAAUUGCUAGUUGUAUUUACUUAGAUGUUGUCAGUGUAUCAUUAUAAUUGAGCUUGAAUAGGAAACAUCAUCAAACAACCUUAAAGGAGAGAAGGAUGAGUCUAAAUAGAAAAACAACACAAACCACAGGGGGGAAAGAUAAAAAUGGUUUGGCUUUGCAGAUGAUCUUUUCUGGUGCUCAUCUUUCUCUUGGCCUCCUCCAUAUGCUGUCCCAAGGUCCUCAGUCUUCCCACAGACCGCUUCCCUUACCUUCCUGACAUGUGGUGAAUGCAUGCUGGUAAAUACACACACUCGUGUGUGUGUGUGUGUGUGUGUGUGUGUGUGUGUGUGUGUGUGUAUGCACAUCUAUUUUGUCCUAAGUAGGUCACAUAAAACCAGAACUGUUAAGGGGAAAAUAAAAAUUACCCAGAAUAAUAAAAAUGAAUAAAGAACAUAGAUUAAGAACCACCACCACUUCUACCACCACCACCACCACCACCAUCACCACCACCACCACCACCACCAAUGUUUACCUCUGCACCAAAUCUGUGAUAAAUCUCCGACAGUGAACCAUAUGUGUCAUGUGUCACUCCCUUGUGUCACUCCCUGCCCCCACCCUUCACACCCCAACCCUCCCUGUCCCUCUCUGCCCUCAUCCCGGUAAUACUGGCGCCUCACCCCCACUGGCCCCUGGCGGCUGAGGGGGCACUGUACAGAUGUAGGAAGGAGACGAAGAGGAAGGAUAAAUAUAUGUAAAGUUUGUAACCGCAUUAGUUUUCAGACCACAACAGGACUCACUCGUGCGAUGCGUCUGCGUAUUUAUUAAUUUUUUUAAAUUAUUCCUUCGUGCAUUGUGCCGUGUGGCGGAGUUGAGCAAGGGCCAAGGCUGUGAAGGCCAUGCCAGACACGCCAGGCAGAGGACACCUGCCCUGGCGUGCCUGGCGGAGGGGACGCUACUCUCCCCCAGCCCUCCUGCACUCACCACAUGCUGCCACACUGGCCCUGCCAGCCUGAUUCCUGUGGCCAGGCUUGUGGCUUGUGGGUCUGUGACUUGUGAGCUGCUGAGACGCCUUGCCUCCUCGCUGUGUGUGCGUGUGUGUGUGGGAGAGAAGAGAAAGUUUGCACACAGUGUCGGAUCUGUCAGCCUCUGAUGAUGAGUGUGUGUGUGUGUGUGUGUGUGUGUGUGUGUGUGUGUGUGUGUGUGUGAGAGUGAAUGAAAGUGAAAGGAGAGUGAUUUUGCACACACACUGUCAGAUUUACCAGCCUCUGAGAAAUUUUUUUUCUUUGUGUGUGUGUGUGUGUGUGUGUGUGUGUGUGUGUGUGUGUGUGUGUGUGUGUGUGUAAGCAUGCAUUUAUAUUGUAGGCUGAGGUGUGCUCUUGAGGUCCCUGGCAAGCAGUGUAUGCCAGGGAUCCGUGUGUAUGCAUGCAUGAGUGUAACAAGAAGUGUACUACAAGCUAGUGGUUUCUAUGAGCUAGGAGUGAGUAGUGGAACCCAGCAGCAUAUCCUACAAGCUUGUAAUGUGCUAAAGGGUAGAUAUUUGUGUACAGGCUAGUGUUUUUAGCACAGGGUAACGAUGGUUGCAAGCUGGUGGCAUGUAGUACCUGUCAUUGGCUUGUUCUGGGACACAGGGUGCAAGUUGACAAGUUGUACUGCAGGCUGGUGGCUUGUAGAGUUAAAGUCGAUUUACUGAAAAGCAGUCUUCAUCUUUGGAGAGUGUGAGAGGUAAUGUAGCAGUGUUAUGCAUGGUGUUGCCGUCACUCGAGGGAGAAAUACACACAAGACAGUGAUAGUGUGCAUUCCUAGACUGUGUGUGUGUGUGUGUGUGUGUGUGUGUGUGUGUGUGUGUGUGUGUGUGUGUGUGUGUGUACGCAUGCAUGCAUGCAUGGGUUGUCAAGCAGUGUGUACCAUAGGUGAAGUCUGUGUGUACUGGAAGGCACCAAUGUACAGUACAGGCUCCCUUCCCCCGCUCCUGUACCCUCAAAGUGUACAGUUGAUACAUGCACUCUGUGCCAGAGCAAAGAGGUACAGAGGCAGCAGACAGACACUGAGCUAGACACAUCUCUACAUCUGUUAAUAAAAUCAAUCAUAAGUAAUAAUUAUAUGUAAAAAAAAAUCACUGCGAAA